AUGGACGAAUUUAACCCGACGGAUGAGGAGAUAAUCCGUGAGUAUCUGAUGAAGAAGAUCAACAAUGAGGCGUUUCACACCGACAUGAUCAGUCCGGUUCACUUCUAUGCUUUCACUCCAGAUUAUCUUUCUGGAGUACAUGGAGCAAGUGGAGACGGAGUGUGGUAUUUCUUCACUAAGAGAAAGAGAAGUAAUAGACCCACUCAGGUGGUGGACAGAAGAGCAGGGAAUGGAGAUUGGAAGGUUGUUGAUGUUGAUAAACAUAUCGUGCAUGAUGGACGAUCAAUUGGGGUGAAAAGUGGGUUCGCCUACUACGCAGGGCCAUAUCGAAAAACUGCUAGGACUGAUUGGACGAUGAAAGAAUUCAGAGCACCAGAGAACCAAGUGAGGAUGUACAAGUACAAGUCAACCAGUAAAAAAGGCAACUCUAAGUCGAUCCGUGAUGUGGUGAAUGAAGCCGGGAGUUCAAGAAAAAGAAACCAUGACGGAGAAGAGAAAGAUGGAAAGGUGAACAAACGUCGUGCGAAGAGCUCAACUGCAAGCGCAAGCUGCAGGUGAAGGACAAGAUAUGAAUCAGUUGUUUGUACAGAUUGAGGAGCAUAGUUCUAAAUGUGCACCACCUUUUUGUUGUUGUAAUUACAAUCAGCAUUAAAAUUAGGAGCAUUGCAUAGUUCUAAAACUCCAGUGAGUCAUGAUUCUAUAUUUCUAAUACUUUUGGGACUUGUUUGUUGCAAAGUUUGUGCCAGCCGCUUGACCAACUCA